CAAGAAGAGGGACUCUCUGUGGAGAUAUCUUUUCUGUGGUUUGAAAGAAAGUGAGUCAAAAUUGAUGCGAAGGUUUACUGCGAGGUAAUGGAUGUUGGGGAGCAGUUUGAUAUUAUGGACAGUGAGGAAAACACAGAGGAUGAGGAGAUUGACCUGCCAUUGCCGGAUGCACAUCAAAAUGCAGUGAGAGACGAAACGCCUCCGCUGUUCGCUUUGGGUGGUCAACAAGCGAUGGAGGAAGAUGUUGGCGGCACUAUCGCGAGUACCAGGCCCGAUAAUGUGAUGCGUGGAACAAUGCCGAAAACAGGUGGUGCAAUGGAAGGCAGCACAUCCAAGUGCGGUAUGAAGGAAGCUACCCCAGGAUUCGUUUCACUGGUGAGGAGAGUUCGCAAUGACAUAGAAGGAGCGGCGGACGGCGAGACUCAAAAUGUUGCACGUGCAGACAAGGAAUCAGUGGACAACCCAGAUGGGAUGGACAUAGAGGAUGAUCCCCUCUUUCACAUCCCGGACGACGUCCCCAAACAACUUGCACCGGGUGAUAAUAUAUCAUAUGACAUGAAGGAGAUGAAAGGAGGACCUCACUUUCUAGAAACAAAGUACAAAGAGUCAUAUGAACACGACUGGGGGCAUCAYAUYAUAUGGCAUCCAGGUCUUUUCGAGCCUUGUGUGAUUGAUGGCAGAUGGCACAUGGYUAUCCGAAUGGGUGGGAAAUKGRUGUUCAGGGRAAGAGUCCUCAGRAGCAGGUUUUAUGAAAUYGCAAAGGACAACUUGUCUACCCGCGUGAAGCAAGCGAACAGAGAGGCGCCAGACCACAAAAUAUCAAACAAAGUGAACUCGUUAUUCGAAUUCCUGCGUGAAAAUCACGUUCUCGAGUAUUGUGCUGCAUUCUACGACAAGAAAUCGAGUCCAUCGUAUAGAGCUAUCAUAUGGUAUGUGGAUUACCGUUCAACGGACUGUAUGUACGACAGUGACAUACUUGUGGGAUGCAGUCAAGGUCUUGAGGGACACACGGGUGCAAGGAAGAAGAUCGAUUCAACAGCAGCACGAGGUGGUGGCGAGAAUGUGGCAGACAAGGAAGAGCAUCUUAGGAUGUAAAACGCAAUGGGAGACGAGCUCAGUGAGCGGCCAUCGAGCACACCGCAACCAACACUUAGA